CCAAGUUGUCUUCAUAUUCUAUAAGUGCUUCCUCUUGCCUCAUCUGCUCACAGAAAGUAUAGUGAGUAAAGUAAUUAGAAGGCAAAAGGUGAUUAAAAUGGCAACACAGAAGGCGUGGUUUUACAACAAGUAUGGCUCCGUAGACGUCAUGGAAUUCGGAGAGUUUCCGGUUCCAAAGGCCGAGCCUGGUCAUGUUCUCAUUAAAGUUCAUGCAGCUGCUCUUAAUCCGGUUGAUUACAAACGCCGAGAAGGAGUAUUCCAGCAUAACGAUUCUGGUUUUCCGACCGUGCCAUGCGGCGAUAUGAGUGGAGUCGUUGUGGAAGUGGGCGAGGGCGUGACAAAAUUCAAGAAAGGCGACGAUGUGUACGGCAACGCUCUGGAGUUGAUGACGAAGCCGAAGCAGUGCGGGACACUGGCGGAGUAUACUUUGGCAGCAGAGCAAUUGUUGGCCGCCAAGCCAAACAAUUUAUCAUACGAGGACGCCGCCAGUUUGGUCAGCGUUGUGGUGACCGCCCAACAGGCCUUCGAGACGGCAAAAUUCACAAAGGGGCAGAGCGUCUUCAUUGUGGGCGGUGCAGGCGGCGUGGGCAGCAUCGCCGUUCAGCUGGCCAAGCAUGUCUAUGGAGCUUCCAAAGUCGCAGCCUCCGCCAGCACAUCUAAACUGGACUUUCUCAAAACCCUAGGCGCCGAUCUCGUCGUCGAUUACACCAAGCAAUCCUACGAGCAAAUCUCAGAGAAAUUCGACUUUGUUUUCGACACUGUGGGGGAAUCGGCGAAAUCUCAUGUAUUGGCAAAAGAAGGAGCCCCCAUAAUAGACAUUGCUACAUUUCCACCUCAUCCCAAAGCCCAGAAUAUGUUUGCCAUGCUCGGGGCUGCCAAACUGGAAAAGCUGAAGGAAUGCUUUGAGAGUGGAAAGGUGAAAGCUGUUUUGGAUCCCAAGAGCCCCUUCCCAUUUUCUAAGGUUUUGGAGGCUUUCAAACACCUAGAAACCGGCCGAGCACAGGGAAAGAUAGUCAUUUCGCCUAUCCCAUAGAGAAUAUUAUUCUCAAAAUAAUGUGCGCAGGUUAUUAUUAGCUUGCUUCUGUAUCCGGCGUUUGUUAUUAGCUUGCUUCUGUAUCCGGCGUUUGUAAUGAAAUAAAGUUGGAAUAUCACCGACAUAAUCUUGAACUAUAUUUACCUCCUUCCCAUUCUUUAUCUGUAGUCGUAGCUUUCCCAAUAGUUAAGUUUAUGUUGUAUGAAUUUGAAUAUAAUUAGUUUUUUACUUGUA